CUAAUUUAUCCUUCCCAGCACUUUCUUUCAAUCAAGACUCCCUGCCAGUGUGCUAGCAAUGCAGUGGUGACCAGUCUCGAGAAGCAUCUGCUGAGCUCCUUCCCAGAGCAGCCUGUAACCACUGAGGGCCUACUGAGGGCAGGGAUUGGACUUAAUUCACCUUUAUCCCCAUAGGCAAACUUCAAUGAACUUUCAAUGUUUGUGGAAGGACAGACACCUGUUAAAGGAGAACCAAUUACUAACAGCUAGACCUAAAGACAAAAUAAUUGGUUAACAAUGGAGGGAAAGAGAAGUGGUGGGGGGAGGUGCCUCAGAGAAUCAGGAAAGUUUUAGGGCACAGAUAAGACUUCAGCUUUGAUUUUAGGUGGAAGGGACCUCAGAUACCAGCACUGGGGGAGGGUUUACUGGGAGCCCUGUCCGGGAAGGUACCAGCCCAAAGGGACCCACUGAGGGGUCCCAUUGAAGGUCAGUGGGAGGGAGUCUGGUGGUCUCUGCCACCCGGAUCCCCUUCUCUUAAAACAAAAACCCAGGCGAUGGAGCUGCUAACAGCUAGGGAGCUUUCACUUUGUGCUGUGUACUCUCCUGGGCCACUUUAUUAGUAACGAUCAUUUACCAAUGGAAGUUACUCCUCUAAAAAGAUUCUCAUAGGAUUCAGGCCGCGGGUCUCAGGAGUGCAUCGCCCCUGAGGCUCACUUGGAAUAGAACUCCGUUUGGGAGGCUACUCAGGAGGCAAGGGACACAGGGGAAAGCAGGAGGAUCAAAGGCAGGUCACCAGGCCCAAACCCUUCUUACACCCGCUCCGGGCCUGGCCUCGGGGCCCGGCUCCUCCCCCAUCUCGUUUCCCGUAAGAGGCUGGGAUGGAAUCCACACCCAGGCGGCGCCGACCCUGGGGGCUUGCAUCUCCCUCGUCCUGGGUCGGGGAGGGAGGCAGCAGAAACGCCCCGGGGCGGGGGCUAUUGUUGUCUGGUCACUGCUCGGAAGGGAGAAGAGCUUCAGGAGGGUCUCGUGCUAGGCCCCCGGGGGGAGUCGCGCCCCUGACCCCGUGGCCCCAGGUUGGGGGGGGGGUCAGGGCCGGAGCGCAGCCAGGCGGGGGCGCCCCGGGGCUCCACCGGCCCGGGUCCAGGAUGGCCUCCCGGCCCGAACCGCCCCCCGACGAAGCUCCCGGGGUCUUGGGCUUUCUGAUUUGAACCGCGGAGGCCGAGCGGCCCGGCUGAGGUUCCCAACCGCCAUUGGCUGCGGCGGCGCGGUGACAUCAGCGCGGAGGGGCGCGGGAGGAGCCUGGAAGGGGAGUGUCCGAGAGGCUCCCAGCCCCGAAAGCCCGAGAGCCAGAGAGAAACCGACGCCGCGCGGACAUGGGUCGUCAGCCCCGGCGCCUCGCGGAGCCCACGGAGGGGAGAGCGCAGCCGCGCCGGCCCGGCGCUCACGUCUCUGCGGACCCAGCCCUAUGAUCUCCUCCUUAUCGCCCCCUCCGCCCGCCGGACUUCAGAUCUGACCUCAGAUCCGCCUGCUGUCUCUGGAGGGGACCCCCCUCCUCCCCUCCCCCGCCCCCCGGCAAGAUGCCGAUCCUCAAGCAGCUGGUGUCCAGCUCCGUGCACUCCAAGCGCCGCUCCCGAGUGGACCUCACGGCCGAGAUGAUCAGCGCCCCGCUGGGCGACUUCCGCCACACCAUGCACGUGGGCCGGGCGGGGGACGCCUUUGGGGACACCUCCUUCCUCAACAGCAAGGCUGGGGAGCUGGACAGUGAGUCCGUGGACGAGCAGGCCGCCGCCUCCUCCAAGCGCGGCCUCCUGUCCCGGAAGUUCCGGGGCAGCAAGCGGUCGCAGUCAGUGAGCAGGGGCGACCGGGAUCACAGGGACGUGCUGGGCCCCCUGCGGGACUCGGCCCUCUUCGUCAAGAACGCCAUGUCGCUGCCUCAGCUAAACGAGAAGGAGGCCGCCGAGAAGGGCUCCAGCAAGCUGCCCAAGAGCCUGUCCUCCAGCCCCGUGAGGAAGGCCACGGGGGAGGGCGGCCCGGAGGAGGCGGGGCCUCGGCGGAAUGGGGCCUCCGCCCCCCACUCCCCAGACCCCCUCCUCGACGAGCAGGCCUUCGGGGACCUGGCGGAUCUGCCCAUGGUACCCAAGGCCAGCUUUGGGCUGAAGCACGCUGAGUCCAUCAUGUCCUUCCACAUCGACCUGGGGCCCUCCAUGCUGGGCGACGUCCUCAGCAUCAUGGACAAGGGGGAGUGGGAACCGGAGGAGGAGGGGGAGGCCGGUUGCCAUGGUGACGAGGACCCAGCAGGCGGCCCCACCCAGGCUCCCCCGCUGGCGGCGGCAGCCCCUCUCCCGGCAAGGCAGGAAGGAGCGGGGGGCCCGGACCUGCCCGCGCUGCCGUCGCGUGAGCUGCCGGAGGAGGGCUGGGCCGCGGGGGCCCCCAGCCCCGGCUCGGCCCGCAGCGGGGGCAGCAGCCACACCACGCGGGACAGCAGCUCCCUGUCCAGCUGCGCCUCGGGGGUCCUGGAGGAGCGCAGCCCCGCCUUCCGGGGGCCGGACCGGGCCCGGGCCGCUCUCCUGAGGCAGCCGGACCCCGAGUUCUCCUUCAUGGACGAGGAGGAGGAGGACGAGAUCCGAGUGUGAGGCCGGCCGGAGGUGGGGGCUCUUGGCUUUGUCUCCUCCCUGUGCCCCCAGCCCUGCAAGGUCAGCCAGGAGCUUGGCUGCGGGCCCCAGACAGACCCUGGACCUCAUGGAUAAGGGGCGCUGGCCGAGCCUGGGGGCCCUCGGAGGACUUGGAGCUGGCUCGGGUGCCUGACUGCUUUGCACACCCUGCCCUGCCUGAGCUCGUAGGACGGGGCUGUGUUCUCGCAGCGGGACUCGGCUUUCCUCUCCCUCUCCCGGCCUCCAGUGGAUGUCCGCUGUCAACUUGAGUCUCUGCCACGUGCAGCGAUAAUAGGGCAGCCAGGGGCGGCCCAGGGGCGCAAGGGCUAAGGACACUUGACCUGCCUCUUUACUCCUGGCGUUUCUGUUGUGACGGAAUAAACGCCCGUGACGGGUCACAAGUCCCGGCCCCUCCCUCCCUCCAUCCCCAGCUCCUGCACGGGGAGCCCCACGGAGGAAAGGCGGACCGAAUGUGUACAGUGAACGCGACCCUUUCCGCGGGGUGAGAACGGGAUGCAGAACGGAAGGAAGGCCCCGGGGCAUCUUGAAUUUUCAAGAGGGGGCCCUUGCAGGAUGACACUAGGACAGGCUGCAGCCCUUGCUCAGUCCCUCUGGGUUUGUUUGUUCUUGUUGUGUUUAAAUCUUUUUAGAACGAUACCAGGAACGUGUUUGUAGGCCUGCCACCAGAAGGAAAACGAAUCCUUUUAGAAAACCUUUAUACUAAGUACUUCCAAACUUUAUUUAGAACCGUAUGGGGUGGAGGUCUGUGCGUGUCUGUCCUCGGCCCCCUCCCGCAUAGCUAUUAACAACAACAGGCAGCCAGUGUAGAAAAUUUCUGGAAAAUGAUUAUUAAAAAAUAUGUCAUUCCUAUGGGGGGAUAAAACCUCUUUUGACUGGGUUGUUCAACCCCCGACUGACUACGUCCCUCUGCCAGCAGAGCCCCCUUCCCCACUUCUGAGUCAGUGGUCCUGAGGGUAUAGGGUUGUCAGAUUUAGCAACAAAACAAAACAAAAACCAGAAUGCUGAGUUAAAUUAGAGUUUCAGGCAUGCAAAGGAUGAUUUCUUAGUGUAAGUAUGCCGCAUGCCAUGUUUGUAAUACACUCAUGCU